AUGGUCCCAGUCUUGAAAAAGAACACAGCCAAGGCCAGAAUCUGUGUUGAUCUGACCAAACUGAAUAAGUCAGUCAAAAGGGAACGCUACAUCCUGCCGACCCCUGAUGAAAUAACAGCAAAGCUGAGUGGUGCAACAGUGUUUUCCUCCCUGGUUGCUGCCAGUGGGUUCUGGCAAAUCCCACUGCAUCCAGAUAGCUGCAAGCUGACAACGUUUAUUACACCGUUCGGGAGGUACUGCUUUAAGAGACUACCUUUCGGCAUAACAAGUGCACCAGAGAUCUUCCAGCGGAAGAUGCUGGAGACUCUGGAGGGACUGGAAGGUGUAGAAGUCUUCAUGGACGACAUUCUUGUGUAUGGGACUUCAAUGGAGCAACAUGAUGCACGGCUCGAGAUGGUACUGCAGCGCGUUGAGUCAACAGGCUUGAAACUCAACAAGGAUAAAUGCUGCCUCAGACAGAGCCAACUACGUUUCCUGGGUCAUCUCAUCGACCAAUCAGGAGUCAGGCCCGACCCUGACAAAGCUGAGGCCAUUCGCCAGCUGCCGCCGCCUGAAAAUGUGCAAGAGUUAAAAAGAUUCCUCGGCAUGGUGAACUACCUGGGAAAGUUUGUCCCAGCCCUCGCAACAGUAGGCCAACCAUUGUACGAGCUCCUUAAGUUGAAGAACAUCUGGACUUGGGGCCACUCACAACAAUCAGCCUUUGAGGAUAUUAAAAGGAUGCUGACAAAGGCACCAGUUCUCGCCUUUUAUGAUCUCACAAGGCCCACAGCCGUGUCUGCCGAUGCCAGCAGUUAUGGACUGGGAGCUGUGCUGCUCCAACUCCAUGGAGAAGAAUGGAAGCCGAUAGCUUACUGCUACAGGCGUUUAUCUGAGGCGGAAACACGCUAUGCCCAGAUAGAGAAGGAGUGUCUGGCUGGCGUGUGGGCUUGUGAAAAGUUUGAGAAAUAUUUAUGUGGCCUGGAUGAGUUCAAACUUGAGACGGAUCACAAGCCGUUAGUGCCACUCAUCAACAACCGGAGUCUCGACAACGUCCCUUUAAGGUGUCAACGCCUUUUAAUGCGGAUCAUGAGGUAUAAACCGGUGGCUAAAUAUGUGCCGGGGAAAACCCUACUCAUAGCUGAUGCUUUAUCCCGAAGCCCACAGACCUACACAAAAGAAGUGACUGAUGCACAUAGCGAGGUGGAGUGCUACGUAGCGACAGUGAUACAGGGCAUCCCUGCAUCUCCAAGCAGGAUGGAGAGCAUCAAAAGAGCCAUUGCAACUGACUAUGAACUGCAGUCUGUCAUCGAACAUGUGAGAAGAGGAUGGCCAGAAUAUAGUGGAAAUGUCCCACAGACGGUCAGAGAGUACAUGAAGGUGAAAAAUGAAUUAUCAGAGGCUGAUGGUGUGUUCAUACGUGGGAGCAGGAUCAUCAUUCCACAAUCAAUGGGAGCCGACAUUUUGAAAAGAAUAUAUGACGGACAUCAGGGGCUAACAAAAUGUAGAGACAGGGCAAAGUCGUCAGGUUGGUGGCCAGGACUUUCUACUGAACUGAAAAACAUAGUGUUGUCAUGUCACAGCUGCCAGGAACAGAAGCGGGCCCAGCAAAAGGAGCCUCUCAUCUCUACGCCUCUGCCCGACCGUCCAUGGAAAAGGAUAGCUCUCGACCUCUGUGAGUACAACAAAAAUAACCAUCUUAUCAUCUCUGAUUACUACUCACGUUUUCUGGAGGUGCUGCACCUACCAUCCACUAUCAGCACUCAGGUUAUUCAGAGACUCAAAGCAACCUUUGCAAGGUUUGGGAUCCCGGAUGAGGUGGUGAGUGACAACGGUCCUCAAUUCUCCAGCGCAGAAUUUCAGGAGCUGGCAAACCAGCUGGACUUCAGACACAUCACAUCAAGUCCUCACCAUCCUCAGGGGAACGGUCAUGCGGAAAGAGCAGUGCAGACUGCAAAGAGAAUCCUCCGCCAGGAAGAUCCACUACUAGCACUCAUGUGCUAUAGAUCAACUCCCUGCACCACCACAGGAGUUAGUCCAGCAGAACUCUUAAUGGGGAGAAAGAUUAAAACAACACUCCCUACACUGGAGAAGAAUCUUCGGCCCAAGUGGCCUAACAGAAGGACUGUAGAACAGAAAGAUGCUGGUGAGAAGGCAAAACAAACUUUCUAUUACAACCGCCGCCACGGAGCCAGACCUCUUCCACCACUUCAGCCAGGAGACGCAGUCAUAGUCAAGUUGGACCAGGAAAAGGCCUGGGUGACACCAGCAGUCGUUUCUAAGGAAAGUGUUACUCCAAGAUCCUACAUCAUCCAGACACCGCAAGGGGCGGAGUUACGGCGGAACCGCCGCCAUCUACGGGCGGAUCUGUUUUCACAAUCUGCACAGGAGACCCCUCCUGCAUCUGCUGUGAGCAGGAGAGGCUUCCCAAUCUGCGAGCGUCGUCACGCCAGGGACUGUUUCUUCACCUACACGGUCGCCGGGGCAGUUUCGCACCAGGGCCGGACGGCUGUGCAAACCUGUCGACAGGCUGAGCCUAUAGCGGAGAAAAGAGACUGCAGCGGCUGGUGUACCUUCACAGGAGUGAGGCAGCUUCCAGUACACCAGGAGGCCCUUCACCGGCCCCCGGGCGUCGCCCCCGGCCGCCUGCCCACGGCGGCCGGCGCGGCUUUCAGCGGUCUGUGA